GUUCUUUUUAAACUUGGAAAGAAGGAAGGAGGGAGCUGGGGUUUCGGGAUGAGUAGGCAUUGGGAGGAUGAAAUUGAGAGCUGUGUAGAGAAGUUGAAGUGAUCUGAGGAGGUGAAGGUCGAUUUCAAUAUUGGGGAAGAUUGAGAGUGAGAAUGAGGGGAAUGGUUGGGGAAUUGACGGAUUUCUGGGGUCCAGUCUCCAACUUCGGUAUUCCCGUCGCCGCAGUAAUGGACACACAAAAGAGUCCUGAUUUGAUCUCGGGUAAAAUGACUUUGGCACUCUGCAUUUACUCCGCAACUUUCAUGCGCUACUCCCUCGCCGUUACACCACUUAACCCUCUUCUCUUUCUCUGCCACUUCGUAAAUGAAGGCGCACAACUCACACAAGGAUACAGAUGGAUGCAAUAUCAUCAAUGGGGAGGUAAAGAGGCCGAAGCCAAGGCAAAGAUUGGAACCGGGGUAGAGGGUGUUAAGGAGAGUGUCGUGGAGGCCGUGAAGAAGGCUGAGGCAAAGGUUGAGAAGGCUGUUGGAAAAUAAAUUUAAGGCGUGGAACUUGAAUAUGAGAGAUGAAGUAAAGGAGAGUUGGUGAGAUGGGAGAGGCGCUUUGCAACACUGUACUCGUACAAUGGGUUAUAGGCUAUGGGAGAUGCGGAUGCUGGAGUAUCAAAAAGAUAUCAGAGAGUGCGUGCGUUUGUGCAUUUUACCUAGAGGGGGUAAAGCAAUGCAAAAGGUGAAGAUAGACGGGCAGAUGAUGGAGGGAAUCCUUAAUGCAAUUACGAGCCGAUACCUAUUCAAUAAAAAGAUCACGAUUUUUGCAUUCAUAAAUCUGGCCAAAGAAGUCUACAUAUGUUUAUUGCAUCAACGUUUAAUCGAAUCGUAAGAGGGUUUCGUUUUUUCUUAAAAAAUUGUUCAUUCGCUCCUCACAAAUACUUUAAGAGAAUA